GUACUACAGAAGGGAUAAAAAAAAUCCGACUAACUUUCUAGAUUUUUUGUUAAUGUUUUGUACAAAUUCGUGUUAUGAAUACCUCCGUGAACGCUGAACAAAGGCUUCCGAAUCAGCAUAUUGAGCCUCCUAGUAUUGAGAUAACUCCUGAUAAUGAUGAAAUACUGGAAAACGUUGAAGAGCCAGUUUCUACCGAUCGACAGCGUAGAAGAAGAUCAAAAUGGCUUUCGCCGGUACUUACCAGUCGAGGGGUUUCAGUAUCGUUUGUUCAUUUAGCAAUGGGAGUGGUUAUCAUUGCAAUAGCAUGCGUUGUAAAAACGUUCGUUGUUUUAAAGCCGAAGGCGCAAUAUUUGCCAUCCGUAUUCAGAGCAGAAGACAAGUUGUUCCAGGUUUUAGAAAGUGUACCUCAAGUGACAUUUCCGUCGGUAAAAGAUAACCAAAUGAUAUGGAAAGGAAGAGGUCCGCUUCAAUCUCCAUCUGCAUUCGUUAAUUACCCUGCUUCAUUGGAAGAUUCUUGUCACGUUUUGACUUGCCAUCCAUAUCUACCUCUCAUAUGCAUUUCCAUCGGAUGCGUGUUUUUGAUCUGUGGAUUUUCUGGAGGAUUUAUGAUGUUACACAGAAUGAAAGAAUACGUGUGUUGCCAUCUAGUAUGGGUAUCGCUAUCAGUAUUGUGCUCCAUUACUCUCUCGGCUGGUUGUAUUAUGGGAAUGAAAACGGUAUAUAGUUUGAACAUAAAUCUAUUCAUUUGUGUUUGUGCACUACUCACAGCGACCAUUUUGGAGAUUAUUUUUUGCAUCAUGGAUCUUUACGUUGUUAGCAGUAAAUUCUAUUCAUCCAAUUCAAGAUUCAGUCGCUGGCAUCAGAGAGCAACAUCUGGGCAUGGCGAUAACUCGACUUUAAUUGAAAGUGGUCGAGGGCAUCGUGAAUCGAACAGAAGACAAUCACGUCGCGGUGAAACUAUCCCGUCGGGGACGCAAAGAAAUGGGCAACAAACUAGAACAGCUGAAACCACGUUUAUAAGCCAAGGAACUGACCAGAGAACCGCGACAACAGGGAAUAUUUCUACUAGGACUAAUCUACCAACUAGAAACAAUUCUCGCACUCGAAGAAGCGGACAGGCGACGCGAGAUAGAAACUUUUUGUAUCCCGGAUAUCACCAACAAAGUAGGAAUAGGAUGCGUAGGCGACCGAUGUUGAGGGCUCAGAAUCACUAUGUUUUGAUUCCCACGGCUUAUGGUAGAUCUAGAGUUACGUCUAGAGUUGGGAGAACCCAUACUUUGGAGAGAAGAAAUAGAAUUGAAAUGCCAACAUUUGUUAUUGCAAAUCACGAUCGGUAUGUUCAAGCUCUCAACAGAUCUAUGGAAACAUUAGAAAUGGAACCAAACAGAGGAAGUGUCCCCAGUGAUGUAUUACCAUCAACCCAUGUGGAUAUUCAAGAUGGCACUACAAAAGCAAAAGAAUCACUGCAGGAAGGCUGUGAUAUAUCGAAACAGUCUGACACAAGUUCCAUCAGCAUGUCAUUAUCUAGUCUUCAAUCAGGUGGACACAGACUAGGUCCAGAAAGUAAUGUUAACAACAGUAAUGAACCAAUGUAUGCCAUUGACGACCAGUCAUCUGCUGACAAAACAACAAACAAAAUGAUUGUAGCUUCUUGUAGGCCAAAACAAACUGAAAGGAGCCUAUCUGGAUAUUCAGUAGUACGGCGAUCUAAAGAAGGAAUCAAAAGAAAAUCUGAAAGACAGUUGGAAACACAGUCGUCGUCUGAAUUGUUUGAACCAAAAAGCUACACAAACUCUCACCCACAUCAUUCCUCCAUUAUGGCGCACAAAUUGAGCCAUGUAGCCAGCACCAUGGAUGAUGCUGUCUUCCACGACUCGACUGCACCUGACUGGUGUGCAAAUGAUUCUGGAUUAACGGGUCAAGAGUCGUCAACUUCAAAACAGACUUGUGGACUCGGAAAUGACGUUGGGAUCGGUGUGUCAACAUCACAAACUCGAUUAUAUAAUACUUCAAGUGAUGGUGACUUCUCGACAAUUAGCACAGAGUCAUCAGCAACGCCAGUUUUUGAUAGAGCUUGUUACACCUCUGUAUCUAGUGACAGCGGGAUAAACGAAGCUGCAAAAUCUUUGAGAAGUAAACGUCAGAAACGGCAUUACUACAAUGUUCCCUUAACAUUUGAUCCUCGUAUGAGUCUGGAGUUGAAAGAUAUUUCAUCGCACGGCGCUCAAAGUUCACUCUCCCCGGUUUCUCCAGCAACUCCAAGUUAUGAGAACGUACAGUCUGCGAGAAUGACUGAUAGAGAUGCAUUCAUCUUCAACACUUAUGCGAGUAGGUCAAACAGUGAAGAUCGCGACGAUGAUUGAAAAAGUGGAUAUCAAAACUAUCGUACUACAAAGCAAAAUUAUAAUAUCAACUUCCCGAGAGUUGUGGCCUGCUAAUAAAAAUAAGUAUGUACCUCACACAACGAAUUAAGCAACACUAGAUGAACUUUCCUUGUAUAUACCUAAACAAAAUGCCAGGUUAACAAAAAGACUAAAAAAUGCUUGGCUAGU